GCGGAACAUGUGCUCAACCGCGCUACAUAGGUGCUUCAUUUGACUAUUUCUUUAUUUCGGACAAUUUGUUGUAGAUACUUUUUUUUUUUUCAUUUGACUUCCUGCAUUACUGUUUACUUUAGUGAGACUUUUUUUCCGUGUCAGUUUUUUCCUAAGUAAAAGAGAGACGGUAGGAGGAGCCGGACGGAGAAGUGUGCCUCACUCUCUCUUGCUCGCUCUCUCUCUCUCUCUCACACACACACACACGCUGCCUCUCUUCAUUCUGUCAUUGCCAUCUCGGCAGAACGGAGACUGUUCAUUCGCAGCCACCCUGAAUGUAUGAGGGGACUACCUCGCUUUUGACUUUAAGUCAGAAUUCAAAGAGGAAUAUUAAUUUUCUUCACGGCAAACUAAAGGACCAGCAAGAGCAGGAGGAAGAGACAGUAAGGAAAAAAAAAUAUUACAAGGACUUGUUCGUUGGUUUACUUUGCCUAAUUGAACUGAGAGGCACAUGACAGAAGGCUUCGCUACUGGAUUCUUUCACACGCAAAAACGUGCCGCAGUCUGACUUUUCUUGUUUGAUGUUGUGCAAUUUAGUUGUACUUUGAUAGAGUUUAUUGUUAUCAAGAACAAUGGUUGCUGGAAUGCUGAUGCCCUUGCAAGACCUAAGGGCCAUCUAUGAGGUCCUGUUUCGAGAUGGUGUCAUGGUGGCCAAGAAGGACAAGAGGCCUCAGAUCAAGCACCCUGAAAUACAAGGUGUAAGAAACCUACAAGUAAUCCGUGCCAUGGGGUCUCUUAAGUCCAGGGGCUAUGUGAAGGAAACUUUCGCUUGGAGACAUUUCUACUGGUACUUGACUAAUGAUGGCAUUGUUUACCUGCGUGACUACCUCCGCCUGCCCCCUGAGAUCGUUCCUGCCUCCCUGCAGAGGAUCAGGAAGCCAACAGCCACUCUGGCCAUUGCCCACCGGGCUUCCCGGGUCCAAUCUGUUGAAGGACCUACGUCUUAUGUUCCCAAGCCAGGGCGCAGGGUUGAAGCAGAGAGCCAUGAGGCACUGGCAGAGCGUCAAGGCUACCGCCAUAAGAUGAUGGCACCUGGAGAAAGAGAGAAUUACUCUGACAGGACCCCCAGGUUCAGGGGUCGACCACCGUCUGCAGAACCAGUCAAGCCAAAAGUAUCAUGGGAAGUGGAGGGACAGCCACAGCCUCUUUUCAGGGAGGGCACCAGCUUCAGGAGGGAAGUAACUCUGAUGGAGGAGAACAGGGUGAAAAGAGUUGUUCAUCAGGAGCCUGAUGUAAGCUGUGAGAAGCCAGUGACAUCAUCCCAUGAGAGGAGAGUGUUGGAGGUCCAGAAGCAGAAGGCGUCAAAACCUGCUCCUGUUCAGACAGCACCUUUGAAACAGGAUGUGUCACAGACCACUCUGAUAUCCCCCGAAACAGCCCUACCGUUAACUGCAGCUGCUGUUGCUGAGACUACAGGUGCUGCAACAGCAAAGGUACCACCUGAACCGUCUACUGCUACAAUGAAUAAAGAAAUACAGAAUAAAGAGAUGAGAAAAAGAGAUGAGAUAAAGUCUGCCGAGGUAAAAGUUUCUAAGAUGAUGAUCUCAAGUAGUUCAAAUACCGCAGUGAUUUCUGAAACGGAAUUCAAAGAGGAGAAAUCAGAAAAGGUGAUGGUGAAUCCAACUAAAUCUGCAGAGGUCUCUGCUACUGCUAAAAUGGCAAAUGAUAAAGUGAAACUUAAAUCAGUUACUACAUCUGAAUCUGCUCAGGAAAACCCAAAAGUUCCUUUGGACACUGCCUCCGGCAACAAAUCAUUUAAAAAAGAUGUCAAGGAUGAAAAGACAAAAAAGAUCACUGUUGAUACAGUUAAAUCUGCAGAGGCGUCUGCAAAGGAAACCUCCACGGUUCUUAAUGGCACUGCUGCAACCACCACUGUCACUCCAAAACCUGUUAAUAAAGAUGUCAAAGAAGGGAAACUUAAGAAAUCAAAGGGUAAUGAUGAAUCAGUUAAAUCCAAAGAAGUGAAAACCCAAGCUGCGGUUGAACCUGAGGAAGAGCCACUGAAAAUGGAGACAGCUGCUGAGAGGACCACCAAACAUAAAACUGACAGCACCACUAGCAAACCAGUGAAGUCUGCUGAAGCAACAGAGGUACUCUCCAAAGUUAAAGUAACCUCAGAGGAUCUCUCUGCAAAGCCUAAAACUGACGAAGUUCCUCUGAAAAUUACCACAGUAACUGAAUCUCCAAAACAUGAAGUAAAAAGCACCACCAUUACAACGACAACUACAGUAACAGAGAUAAUUUCAGAGCAGGUGAAAACUGAUGCUAAGGUGACUCCUGAUGUCAAGAAAGAUGAAACAGUACUGCCACAAGAGGCCCCUAAUGUGUCAGCACAUGGCGCCGCAAAAAUGCAAGAAGAUUCCAGUUCAUCUCAGCCUGCUGAAGUUGUUGCCAUAACGGAGGUGGUUAAAGAAACGAAACAAGUGGUUGAGGGAAGCUCAAAAUCAAAGAGAAAGAAAAAGAAAUCUUCAGCGGAGACAUCAAAGAGUGCCAGUGCUGAUGACACUCCUGACUCAAAGAUGGAGAAAGAAAAAAUCUCUCAGGAGAAAUCCCCUGAGAGGGUAGCAGAAAAUACUAUCCAGGUUAUUGCAACAGAGAAUUCAACUGUCUCUACCUGUGUAAAGGAUGUAGAGAAAACUGAGACUGAGGACAAGGGGUCAAUUAAAGACGCCCCUAAACAAUCUGAUAGUAAGCCAAAGGUGGAGAAAGUUGAACAAGCUGAGACUCCUUCAGAAGCAUCACUAUCACUGGAUUAUAUGCCGACAGUGCCUCUUGUGGAUGUGCAAGUGAAUGAAAAUUUUGAGGAAAGCAAUGCCUGCAAGAUCAUACAGGGACCAUUAUACCCCAAGGGCAAGUUAAAUGUUAGUCCUCCCCACAUGGAGCCAGAGAAAUCUGAGGCUGCGACUGUAACCAAAGUGGAAACAGUGACGGUGCAGAAAACAAGUCAACUUACACAAUCAAGACCUAAGCCUGAAGAGAAAACCCCUGCUGUAACGUCAGAACCUCAGAAACCCGCAUUUGAGACUGAAUCCCCAAUAAAUACAGAGGAAACUACAGAGGAACCCUCAAAAAGAAAAAAGAAAGGGAAAGGGAAAAAGCAAUCUAAAGCACCAGAAACAGAGACUACAAAGUCUGUUCUUUUGCCUGAAACACAGGAAUUGCCAUCUAGUGAACAGGCACCAUUGCCCAAGGCCAUAGUUAAAGACAGCUCUGUCACGGCCUCUGAACUGAUAGAAACGAAUGUUUCCCCCAAGAUGACUCCCCAAAGAAUGUGCAGUGAGGAAGUAAUGCAGGCUGCAGCUGUGCUCUCUGAGGCCCCGGCAGACAAAGGGGAGGUGGAGCCAGAAGUGCUCGUUGCUGAAAAAGUCAAGCGGGAGGUUCUGAAACUAGAAACAUCCAACACUGUGAGGGAAGCACCCGCAGCCGGAGCAUUAACGUCACCAGCACCAGCGGUAACAGCAGAGGCAGCUGCAGCUCAGACGCAGGCCAGCCCCCUCACCAGGCGAGAGGAGCCUCCCAGAGUUGCACAACUUUCAGCCACUCAAGCAGCAGAGUGCAGCACAGAGGAAAGGCUCUCUGUCACCGGAGUCUUAAAGCGAAAGGAAGAGAAGAAGAGGGACUUGGAGGACACACCCUCUUCCACUGCCACACCCGUAUCCCAGCCUGACCUGCCUCACCUGGUGGACACUUCUGAGUCCAAAGCUACUGACAUAGAAGACGCCGCAAUGAGGAAGAAAAUUGUUGUGGUAGAGGAGAUAGUUGAAGUGAGACAGCUUGUUAGCCCUCAGGCGACGGGAGAGCAGUCCCCUCCUCCACCUGUGCAACCUGAAGUGGAAGGAGAAGAACUGGACCUGGACGUUCUCGAAGCGAUCGCCAUAGAACGGGCACUUUUGUCGGGGGCAGCAGAUGUCAGGGUGCAAGGGGCUUCACCUGAGGCAGACUGGGACCACUCGCUUGAGGAGCCAGAGGAGAAGACAUGGCCCAACUUCGUGGAAGAUGAACGAGACCGAGUACAGAAAAAGACCUUCACAAAAUGGGUGAACAAGCACUUGAUAAAGGCUCGGUGGGUAGAGAUAGAGGCACAGCGUCACGUCACAGACCUGUAUGAAGACCUCCGAGAUGGACAUAACCUGAUCUCGCUGUUGGAGGUCCUCUCUGGGGAAACGCUGCCAAGAGAGAAAGGCCGCAUGCGAUUCCACAAACUGCAGAAUGUACAGAUAGCACUGGACUUCCUCAGACACCGGCAGGUCAAGCUGGUCAACAUCAGAAAUGACGACAUUGCAGACGGGAACCCCAAGCUGACUCUGGGCUUAAUAUGGACCAUCAUCCUCCACUUCCAGGUCUCCUCCACUAUCUCAGACAUUCAGGUCAACGGCCAGUCGGAAGACAUGACGGCCAAGGAGAAGCUGCUGCUCUGGUCCCAGAGGAUGACGGACGGCUAUCAGGGCAUCCGCUGCGACAACUUCUCCACCAGCUGGAGGGACGGCAAGCUCUUCAACGCCGUCAUACACAAGCACUAUCCCAGACUUGUCGACAUGAGCAAGGUCUACCGACAGUCCAACUUGGAGAACCUGGAACAGGCCUUCAGUGUGGCUGAGAGAGAUUUGGGAGUGACACGUCUACUAGACCCUGAAGAUGUCGAUGUCCCACACCCUGAUGAGAAAUCCAUCAUCACUUACGUGUCAUCCUUGUAUGAUGUCAUGCCUCGCACUGACGUACACGAUGGCCUCAGAGCUAAUGAGCUCGAGCUGCGCUGGCAGGAGUACUACGAGCGGGUGACAAUUCUGCUCCAGUGGAUCCGCCACCAUGUCGUGAUCUUCGAGGAGAGGAAGUUCCCUGGCAGCUACGAGGAGAUCGAGCUUCUUUGGCGCCAGUUCUUGAAGUUUAAAGAAACGGAGCUGCCGGUGAAAGAGUCUGACAAGAACCACUCAAAACAGAUCUACCAAUCCUUUGAGAGUGCUGUGCAUUCCGGUCAGGUGAAGGUUCCUCCAGGCUACCAUCCCAUUGACGUGGAAAAAGAAUGGGGCCGACUCCACGUGGCCAUCCUUGAGAGAGAACGCCUGCUGAGGAUAGAGUUUGAGAGAAUCGAGAGGCUCCAGAGAAUUUACAACAAAGUCCAGAUGGAGUCAGGGUUGUGUGAGGAGCAGUUCGCCCAUCUGGAGGCCCUGCUGCAGAAGGACAUUCGUCUGCUGAACGCAGGGAAACCAGCUCAGCACACAGCUGAAGUGGAGAGGGAGCUGGACAAGGCAGACAACACGAUUCGACUGCUCUUCAAUGACGUGCAGAUGCUCAAGGAUGGGCGCCACCCUCAGGCUGAACAGAUGUACCGCAGGGUUUACCGCCUCCACGAGCGCCUGGUGAACUUGCGCAGCGAUUACAACCUUCGUCUGAAGUCUUCCGUGGCUACUGCCCAGGCCAACCUGACCCAGUCCUCCCAGCAGACCAGCAUGAAGAUCCGGCCCGAGCUGGAUGACGUGACCCUGCGCUAUGUCCAAGAUCUGCUGGCCUGGGUGGAGGAGAACCAGCGUCGCCUUGAUGAGUGCGAGUGGGGCUCUGACCUGCCCUCGGUGGAAUCCCAGCUGGGCAGCCACAGAGGCCACCAUCAGACCGUGGAGGAUUUCAAAUCCAAGAUUGAACGGGCCAAGGCUGACGAGACCCAGUUAUCUCCUAUCAGCAAGGGUACAUACAAAGAAUACCUGGGAAAACUGGAUCUCCAGUAUGGCAAACUACUGACCUCUUCCAAGUCUCGCCUGAGGAACUUGGAUUCGCUGCACACAUUUGUCAGUGCAGCCACCAAGGAACUCAUGUGGUUAAAUGACAAAGAAGAGGAAGAGGUCAACUUUGACUGGAGUGACAGGAACAGCAACAUGACGGCUAAGAAAGACAAUUACUCGGGUCUCAUGCGAGAGCUGGAGCUGAGGGAAAAGAAGGUCAAUGACAUCCAGACCUUGGGAGACAAACUUGUCAAGGAUGGACAUCCUGGCAAAAAGACAGUUGAGGCCUUUACAGCUGCCUUGCAGACUCAGUGGAGCUGGAUCCUACAGCUGUGCUGCUGCAUAGAGGCUCAUCUCAAAGAAAACACAGCCUACUACCAGUUUUUUGCUGAUGUGAAAGAGGCUCAGGACAAGAUGAAGAAGAUGCAGGAGAACAUGAAAAAGAAAUACAGCUGCGACCGUUCCACCACAGCCACACGCCUGGAGGAUCUGCUGCAGGAUGCUGUGGAUGAGAAAGAACAGCUGAACGAAUUCAAGACACUGGUGACCAGCCUGAACAAGAGAGCAAAGUCCAUCAUCCAGCUGAAACCCCGCAACCCCACCACCUCCAUCAAAGGCAAACUGCCCAUCCAGGCCGUCUGUGACUUCAAACAGCAGGAGAUCACUGUCCAUAAAGGAGAUGAGUGUGCACUCCUCAACAACUCCCAGCCCUUCAAGUGGAAGGUGCUGAACCGUUCUGGACACGAGGCGGUGGUGCCUUCCGUCUGCUUCCUCGUACCUCCAGUCAACAAGGAGGCUGUGGACAGCGUGGCGAGUCUGGACGGAGGUCAUCAGACGAUGGUGACCAUGUGGCAGACGCUCCACAUAAACAUGAAGAGUCUGCUUUCAUGGCAGUACCUGAUGAGAGACUAUACACAGAUACGCUCCUGGAACAUCACCACGUUAAAGACCAUGAAACCAGAGGAAUACCGUCUGAUCAUGAGGAACCUGGAACUCCACUAUCAGGACUUCAUGCGCGACAGCCAGGACUCGCAGAUCUUCGGGCCGGACGACCGCAUGCAGGUCGAGGAGGACUACAACAAGUCCACACAGCACUUUGACAACCUGCUUCGCUCCAUGGAGAAAGGGCAAAUGGUUGUUAGACUCCAAGGUCAACAGGUCGAGUCUCUGUGUAAGAACUACAUCUCUGAGGUCAAGGACCUGCGCCUGCGUAUAGAGGACUGCGAGGCCCGGACGGUGGCUCGCAUCCGCAAACCCGUGGAAAAAGAGCCUCUGAAAGAAUGCGUUCAGAAGACAACAGAGCAGAAGAAAGUCCAGGGCGAGCUUGAAGGCCUCAAGAAGGACCUUAAUAAGGUUUCUGUAAAGACACAAGAAGUCUUGGCCUCCCCUCAGCAAUCUGCCUCAGCUCCCGUUCUGCGGUCAGAGCUCGACCUCACCGUGCAGAAGAUGGAUCACACCUACAUGCUCUCCUCCGUUUAUCUCGAGAAGUUGAAGACUGUGGAAAUGGUGAUCCGUAAUGCACAGGGUGCUGAGGGAGUUCUCAAGCAGUACGAGGACUGCCUGCGCGAGGUUCACACCGUGCCUGGAGACAUCAAGCAAGUGGAGACUUACAGAGCAAAGCUUAAGAAAAUGCGAGGCGAGGCCGAGAGUGAACAGCCUGUGUUUGAUUCCUUGGAAGAGGAGCUGAAGAAAGCCUCAACCGUGAGCGACAAGAUGUGUCGCGUGCACAAUGAGCGUGACGUUGAGCUGGACCACUACCGCCAGCAGCUGUCUGGCCUACAGGACCGGUGGAAGGCCGUGUUCACCCAGAUCGACCUUCGACAGAGAGAGCUGGAGCAGCUCGGUCGCCAGCUGGGUUACUAUCGGGAGAGCUACGACUGGCUGAUUCGCUGGAUUGCUGACGCCAAGCAGAGGCAGGAGAAGAUUCAGGCCGUGCCCAUCACUGACAGCAAAAUUCUGAAAGAACAACUUGCCCAGGAGAAGAAACUGCUGGAGGAGAUUGAGCAGAACAAAGACAAAGUUGACGAGUGUCAGAAAUAUGCUAAAGCAUACAUUGAUACUAUCAAGGACUAUGAGCUGCAGUUGGUUGCCUACAAAGCUCAGGUGGAACCUCUUGCUUCUCCUUUGAAGAAAACCAAACUGGAUUCUGCUUCUGAUAACAUUAUUCAGGAGUAUGUAACACUUAGGACCAGAUACAGCGAGCUGAUGACCCUGACCAGUCAAUACAUCAAAUUCAUCACCGACUCGCAGCGCCGCCUGGAGGACGAGGAGAAAGCUGCAGAGAAACUCAAAGCAGAAGAGCAGAGAAAAAUGGCGGAGAUGCAGGCUGAGUUAGACAAACAGAAGCAGUUAGCUGAAGCUCAUGCAAAGGCCAUUGCAAAAGCUGAGAAAGAGGCUCAAGAGCUGAAGCUUAUAAUGCAAAAAGAAGUAAGCAAAAGAGAAACUGCUGCCGUCGAUGCAGAAAAACAAAAGCAAAACAUCCAACUGGAACUGCACGAACUCAAAAAUCUCUCAGAGCAGCAGAUCAAGGACAAAAGUCAACAGGUGAAUGAAGCUCUUCAAAGCCGGGCUAAAAUUGAGGACGAAAUUCGUCUCAUCCGGAUCCAACUUGAGACAACAGUAAAACAAAAGUCAACUGCAGAAUUUGAGCUGAAGCAACUUCGCGAUAGAGCUGAUGAAGCUGAGAGACUGAGAAAGGCCGCUCAAGAAGAGGCCGAGAAGCUCCGCAAACAAGUUAACGAAGAGAACCAGAAGAAGCUCAUGGCAGAGCAAGAACUCAAACUCAAAUCUGAGGCUGAGAAAGAAGCUGCUAGGCAAAAACAAAAAGCGCUGGAUGACCUUGAAAUUCUCAGGAGGCAGGCUGAGGAAGCUGACAGGCAGGUGAAACAAGCAGAGAUUGAAAAGGCGAGACAAAUCAAUGUGGCACUGGAGGCAGCCCAGAAGAGAUCCGCUGCUGAGCUCCAGAGCAAACACAUUUCUUUUGUGGAGAAGACCUCAAAGUUAGAGGAAUCACUCAAGCAAGAGCAUGGCACUGUCCUUCAGCUCCAGCAACAAGCUGCAUAUCUCAAGAAACAACAGGAGGAUGCAGAAAAUGCCAGAGAAGAGGCAGAAAAAGAGCUGGAGAAAUGGAGGCAGAAAGCUAAUGAGGCCCUUCGCCUCAGACUCCAGGCUGAAGAAGAAGCUCACAAAAAGAGCCUUGCCCAAGAAGAAGCUGAGAAACAAAAGGAGGAGGCAGAGCGUGAGGCUAAAAAGAGAGCCAAAGCUGAAGAGUCAGCCCUGAAGCAGAAGGAAAUGGCAGAGAGCGAACUUGAGAGGCAGAGGAAGGUAGCUGAGAGUACAUCUCAGCAGAAACUCACUGCAGAACAGGAGCUCAUUCGGCUUAGGGCAGACUUUGACAAUGCAGAACAACAAAGAACCCUCCUUGAAGAUGAACUUUACCGUUUGAAGAAUGAUGUUGCCGCAGCACAGCAACAAAGGAAACAGCUGGAAGAUGAAUUGGCCAAGGUUAGGAGUGAAAUGGAUGUACUCGUUCAAAUGAAGUCUAAGGCAGAGAAGGAGUCCAUGUCCAACACAGAGAAGAGCAAACAACUUCUUGAGGCAGAGGCCGCCAAGAUGAGGGACCUGGCUGAGGAGGCAAGCAAACUUAGAGCAAUUGCAGAAGAGGCCAAGCAUCAGAGGCAAAUUGCUGAGCAAGAGGCAGCCCAUCAGAGAGCAGAAGCUGAGAGGAUUCUCAAAGAGAAGCUGGCUGCAAUCAGUGAGGCCACCCGCUUAAAAACAGAGGCGGAAAUUGCCCUGAAAGAGAAAGAGGCAGAAAAUGAGAGACUUCGCCGUCACGCUGAGGAUGAAGCUUACCAGAGGAAAGCUCUUGAAGACCAGGCCAACCAGCACAAGCAAGAGAUUGAGGAAAAGAUAGUCCAACUUAAAAAGUCAUCUGAGGUCGAAAUGGAAAGACAAAAAGCAAUAGUAGAUGACACACUCAAACAGAGGCGCGUUGUUGAGGAAGAAAUACGUAUUCUUAAGCUCAACUUUGAAAAGGCUUCAUCUGGAAAACUUGAUCUGGAGCUUGAACUGAAUAAGCUUAAAAACAUUGCAGAGGAAACCCAACAAAGCAAGCUUAGAGCAGAGGAGGAGGCAGAGAAACUUAGGCAACUUGCUCUUGAGGAGGAGAAGAGGAGGAGGGAAGCAGAGGAGAAGGUAAAGAAGAUUGCUGCUGCAGAAGAAGAGGCGGCCAGACAACGCAGGGCUGCCCAAGAAGAGCUUGAGCGUCUGAAAAAGAAAGCAGAAGAAGCCAGGAAGCAGAAAGAAGAGGCCGACAGAGAGGCAGAAAAACAAAUUGUUGCAGCCCAACAAGCAGCCCAGAAAUGCAGUGCAGCUGAACAGCAAGCCCAAAGUGUCCUCGCUCAACAGAAGGAAGAUGUUAUCAUGCAGAAGAAGCUUAAGGAAGAAUAUGAAAAAGCCAAGAAGCUGGCUAAAGAGGCAGAGGCUGCUAAGGAGAAGGCAGAAAGGGAGGCAGCUCUCCUCCGUCAACAAGCAGAAGAUGCAGAGCGACAAAGAGCAGCUGCUGAGGAAGAAGCGGCAAACCAAGCCAAAGCCCAGGAAGAUGCCGAGAGGCUGAGGAAGGAGGCUGAAUUUGAAGCUGCUAAACGAGCACAGGCAGAAGCUGCAGCACUCAAGCAGAAGCAACAGGCUGAUGCAGAGAUGGCAAAGCACAAGAAACUGGCGGAGCAAACAUUAAAACAGAAGUUCCAAGUGGAGCAAGAGCUCACAAAGGUUAAGCUUAGACUAGAUGAAACUGAUAAACAGAAAUCUCUCCUGGAUGAAGAGCUUCAGCGCCUGAAGGAUGAAGUUGAUGAUGCUGUCAAAAAAAGGGGUCAAGUGGAGGAGGAACUGUUCAAAGUCAAGGUUCAGAUGGAGGAACUACUCAAACUGAAAUCGAAAAUUGAAGAGGAAAAUCAGCGCCUCAUCAAAAAAGACAAAGACAACACACAAAAAUUCCUUGCCGAAGAGGCAGAGAAUAUGAAAAAGCUUGCAGAGGACGCUGCUAGACUAACUGUGGAGGCUCAAGAGGCGGCACGAUUGAGGAAGAUUGCGGAGCAAGACCUAAUUCAGCAACAUGAACUUGCUGAGAAAAUGCUCAAAGAGAAAAUGCAGGCCAUACAAGAGGCAUCUAGACUCAAAGCUGAGGCAGAGAUGCUCCAAAGGCAGAAAGACUUGGCUCAGGAGCAAGCACAAAAGCUUCUGGAGGAUAAACAGUUAAUGCAGCAGCGUUUGGAUGAGGAAACUGAAGAAUACCAAAAGUUACUUGAAGUAGAGCGAAAAAGGCAGUUGGACAUAAUGGCUGAAUCUGAAAGACUCAAGCUUCAAGUUUCUCAGCUCAGUGAUGCACAGGCCAGAGCUCAAGAAGAGGCAAUAAAAUUCAGGAAGCAAGCUGACACAAUUGCAGCCCGUCUUCACGAGACUGAAACAGCUACCCAAGAAAAAAUGACUGUAGUGGAAAGACUGGAAAUUGAAAGACUAAAUUCCAGCAAAGAGGCUGACGAUUUACGCAAAGCUAUCGCGGACCUAGAGAACGAGAAGGCUAGGCUGAAAAAGGAGGCUGAAGAACUUCAAAAUAAGUCUAAAGAGAUGGCUGACGCACAGCAGAAACAAAUUGAGCAUGAGAAGACAGUGCUCCAGCAGUCAUUCCUCACAGAAAAGGAGAUGCUGUUAAAGAAAGAAAAGCUAAUUGAGGAUGAGAAAAAGAGGCUAGAGAGUCAGUUUGAAGAGGAAGUCAAAAAGGCCAAGGCUCUUAAAGAUGAACAGGAACGCCAGAGACAGCAGAUGGAGGAGGAGAAGAAGAAACUCAAGGCUACCAUGGAUGCAGCCCUAAGUAAACAGAAAGAGGCUGAGCAAGAAAUGCUUAACAAGCAAAAAGAAAUGGAGGAACUGGAGAGGCAGAGACUAGAGCAGGAAAGGAUUCUUGCAGAGGAGAACCAAAAGUUGCGUGAGAAACUGCAGCAAAUGGAAGAAGCCCAGAAAGACCAGCCCAAAGAGGUCAUCCAUGUAACAAAGGUUGAGACAACAACAAAAGUUUUUAAUGGCCAAAAUGCCGGUGAUGUGGUAGAUGGUGUCGAUAAGAAACCUGAUCCCUUGGCUUUUGAUGGCAUCCGUGAUAAGGUACCUGCAAGCAGACUUCAUGAGCUUGGUCUUUUGCCUAAGAAGGAGUUUGACAAGCUGAAAGAUGGCAAAACCACUGUUGACAAGCUUGGUGAGACUGAAAAUCUGAAAACAAUUCUUAAAGGAAAGGACGCAAUAGCUGGUAUUUUGACACCAUCUAAUCAAAAAAUGUCAAUCUAUCAAGCUUCCAAAGAGAAAAAGAUUACACCAGGCACUGCCAUGAUCCUCCUUGAAGCACAGGCCGCCACAGGUUACAUUUUAGACCCGAUUAAGAACCAGAAACUUUCUGUUAAUGAAGCUGUCAAGGAAGGCGUGAUAGGCCCUGAAUUACACAACAAAAUGCUUUCAGCUGAGAGGGCUGUUGUUGGAUACAAAGAUCCUUACACUGGAGGGAAGAUCUCUGUCUUUGAAGCCAUGAAGAAGGGUCUGAUAGAACAUGAUCAUGCCAUCAGAGUGCUUGAAGCUCAGCUUGCAACUGGUGGCAUUGUUGACCCUAUCAACAGUCACCGUGUACCCAAUGACAUUGCCUCUAAACAGGGACAGUAUGAUGCCGAAAUGAAUAAGAUUAUGGAGAAACCUUGUGAUGACACAAAGGGAUACUUUGACCCCAGCACCCAAGAACCUUUGACAUACUCUGAGUUAAUGGCAAGAUGCACUACUGAUCCCAAGACUGGUCUGUUACUCCUGCCAAUCACAGACAAAGCUGCUCAGUGCUCUAGCAUAUACACAGAAGAAGAAACCAAAGAUGUAUUCAGCAAAACAACUGUGUCUGUGCCAUUUGGAAGAUUCAAGGGAAAGACUGUCACUAUUUGGGAGAUAAUCAACUCUGAGUACUUCACUGAAGACCAGAAAAAGGACCUUCUCCGUCAAUACAAGACAGGCAAAAUCACAAUUGAAAAGAUCAUUAAGAUUGUGAUUACUGUGGCUGAGGAAAGAGAGAAGAAGAAUGAAAUUGCCUUCGAUGGUCUGAGAGCACCUGUCCCUGCCACUGAGCUUGUAGAGUCUACAAUCAUUAAUAAUGAUCUGUACAACAAACUGCAAAAGGGCAAUGUGACAGUCAAAGAGGUGUCUGAAAUGGAGCCUGUCCGCAAAGCACUCAAGGGUACAAACUGCAUUGCAGGUGUAGUCAUUGACUCAUCCAAACAGACAAUGUCCUUCUAUCAAGCCAUAAAGAAGGAUGUAAUGAGGACUGGGCCUGCCUUGAAUAUGCUUGAAGCUCAAGCAGGAACAGGCUAUGUGGUUGACCCUGUUCAUAAUCAAAAGUAUACUGUAGAUGAAGCUGUCAAAGCAGGUGUUGUUGGUCCUGAGCUCCAUGAAAAACUCCUGUCUGCAGAGAGAGCUGUUACAGGUUACAAAGAUCCUUACACUGGAAAGACUGUAUCGCUGUUCCAGGCAAUGAAAAAAGAUCUCAUACCUAAGCAGCAAGGAAUCCGACUGCUUGAUGCCCAAAUGACCACCGGUGGCAUCAUUGAUCCAGUAAAGAGCCAUCGAAUUCCACAUGAUGUGGCUUGCAAGAGAAACUAUUUUGAUGAGGAAAUGAAAAAGACUUUGAGCAAUCCCACUGAUGAAACUAAAUGCUUCUUUGACCCCAACACAAAAGAACAUGUCACGUAUUCACAGCUCUUCAAAAGAUGUGUCAUUGAUAAGAAAACUGGUCUCCACCUCCUGCCUCUUUCAGAUGAAGCAAUCUCUGCUAAGGAGGAGCCAGUAUUCACUGAAGCCCAGACAAAAGAGGCUAUGACUCAGGCAACUGUGGAGCUUGACUCUGGGCCAUUUAAGGGCAAGAAGAUGACCCUUUGGGAAAUUAUACACUCUGAGUAUCUCACUGAAGAACAAAGACUUGACCUGCUCAGACAGUAUAGAUCAGGAAAGGUUACGAUUGAAAAGAUAAUUAAGAUUAUUAUCACAAUUGUAGAUGAGAAAGAAGCCAAGAGACAAGAACAGUCCAGCUUCAAGGGACUCCGAGCUCCUGUCCCAGCAGCCUCCCUGUUUGAUUCCAAAAUCAUUGACAAACCAACUUUGGAACUGCUUAAACAAGGCAAAACAACGCCUAAACAAGUCAGUGAGAAUCCCAAUGUCAACAAAUAUCUCCAGGGCUCUGAAUGCAUUGGUGGCAUCUACCUUGAACCGACAAAAGAGAAAAUAAGCAUUUAUCAAGCGAUGAAGAAAAAGAUCAUCAGACACAACACUGGUCUUUCACUUCUUGAGGCUCAGGCUGCAACUGGGUUCAUUGUUGAUCCAGUGAGGAACCAAUACCUGUCAGUAGAUGAGGCGGUGAAGUCAGGCCUUGUUGGUCCAGAGCUACAUGAAAAACUCCUCUCUGCGGAAAAAGCUGUCACUGGCUACAAAGAUCCGUUUACUGGCAAGACAGUCUCCCUAUUCGAAGCAAUGCAAAAAGAUCUCAUCCUGAAAGAGCACGCGAUGCCUCUGUUGGAAGCACAGAUGACCAGUGGGGGAAUCAUUGACCCUGUUAACAGCCACCGUGUCCCCACUGAUGUAGCAUAUCAGAAGAACAUUUUUAGUAAAGAAACUGCCAAAACCCUGUCUGAGCCUUCUGAUGAAAACAAGGUUUUCUCAGACCCAGAAACAGAUGAGAAUGUAACAUACAGACAGCUUAAAGACAAAUGCCAAAGAGACAAAGACACGGGCCUGUAUAUCCUCCCACUCUCUAAGCCUCAGUCUCCAACUGUUGUGGAAAAGACAUACCUCUACACAGAGGAACAAACACAGAGUGAGCUUACCAACACCCAAAUUGAUAUUCCAAUUGAGGGCCUUGCUGACAAAUCACUGAAUCUCUGGGAUGUCAUGAACUCAAAUUUGCUUCCAGAGCAAGAGAGAAAAAAGCUCAUGGAUGAAUAUCGCUCCGGUAAAAUCACCAAAGAACGGAUGAUCAUCAUCAUUAUUGAAAUCAUGGAGCAAAGAGAGACCAUCAUAAAUGAAAGUCCACUGUCCUACAAGACCAUAAGGAGGAGGAUAACAAUAGAGGAGCUCUAUAAUGCCCGCAUCAUUGACUUGGAGACAUACAAUCUUCUUAAACAAGGCAAGAGAGAUAUCCGUGACAUAAUGGAAAUGACCAGUGUGAAACAGUAUCUCUAUGGAACUGGCUGUGUUGCUGGGGUCACAACUGACUCUAGCUCCAAGAUAAGCAUAUACCAAGCAAUGAAGAGAGGUUUUAUUAAACCAGAAAUAGGCCUCAGUCUCCUUGAAGCACAAGCUGCUACAGGAUUCAUUGUUGAUCCAGUGAAGAAUGAGACACUCACUGUUGAUGAGGCUGUCCGUAAGGGUGUUGUCGGACCUGAGAUCCAUGAUAGACUUCUUUCGGCUGAAAGAGCUGUGACAGGAUACAAAGAUCCUUACAGUGGGAAAAUCAUAUCUCUCUUCCAGGCCAUGAAAAAAGAUCUUGUUCCAGAGGAGUAUGCCCUGAAAAUGUUAGAAGCACAAACUGCCACUGGUGGUAUCAUUGAUCCUGAAUUCCAGUUCCACUUGCCUGCAGAUAUCGCCACGCUGAGAGGUUAUAUCAACAGGGAAACCAACGAGAGGCUGACUGACGAAGUUAAAGGGUUCAUUGACCCUGUCAAUGAUGAGAACGUGUCAUAUGCAGAGCUGCUCAAGAGAUGCAAGAUAGAGGGUGGCUUACGCCUCCUCUCCUUGGGAGAUAAGAGGCUGACAUUCAAAGGCCUGAGAAAACAGAUCACCAUGGAGGAGCUACUCCGCUCACAAAUUAUUGAUCAGCAGACAGUCAGUGAACUGAAUGAAGGCCUUCUUUCAGUGGAGGAGGUUAGCAAUAGACUAUCAAGGUACCUUGAGGGCACAAGCUGCAUUGCUGGUGUAUUUUUGGAGUCCACAAAAGAACGUCUAUCAAUUUACCAGGCCAUGAAGAAGAACAUGAUUAGGCCAGGCACUGCAUUUGAACUCCUGGAGGCCCAGGCCUCUACAGGGUAUGUCAUUGAUCCAAUCAAAAACCUCAAACUGACUGUCAAUGAAGCAGUCAAGAUGGGAAUUGUAGGCCCAGAGUUCAAAGACAAGCUUCUUUCUGCUGAGCGUGCAGUGACAGGAUAUAGAGAUCCUUAUACAGGCAAGACAAUCUCUCUGUUCCAGGCCAUGAAAAAAGGGCUCAUCCUAAAAGACCACGGUAUCCGCCUUCUGGAAGCGCAGAUUGCCACUGGUGGAAUCAUUGACCCAGAGGAGAGUCACCGUCUGCCAGUUGAGGUGGCCUACAAACGUGGCUUCUUUGAUGAGGAAAUGAAUGAGAUCUUGACAGAUCCAUCUGAUGACACCAAAGGCUUCUUUGAUCCCAACACUGAGGAAAACCUUACCUACCUCCAGCUGAUGGAGAGGUGCAUCACUGAUCCUGAAACUGGCCUGGUGCUUCUGCUACUGAAAGAAAAGAAGCGGGAAAGGAAGACCUCUUCCAAGUCUUCAGUUCGCAAACGCAGAGUUGUUAUUGUUGACCCAGAGACAGGCAAAGAAAUGACAGUUUAUGAGGCCUACAGGAAGGGACUCAUUGACCACCAAACCUACCUGGAGCUUGCAGAGCAGGAGUGUGAGUGGGAAGAGAUCACAAUGACUUCCUCUGAUGGUACUGUAAAGUCUGUUAUCAUUGACAGGAGGUCAGGGAGACAGUAUGAUGUUGAUGAUGCUCUUUUCCGUGGUCUUAUUGACCAGAAUUCUCUUGAUACAUAUCGAUCUGGAAACCUGUCCAUCACAGAGUUUGCUGAUAUGCUCUCUGGAAAUAUGGGAGGCUUCCGUUCACGCUCUUCCUCAUUUGGUUCCACCACUGGUUCCACUUACUCUUCUCCAAUGAGCCCCAUACCCUCCAUCAAACCACCUGCAGUCAUAUGGAAUGACCCAACAGAGGAGACUGGCCCCGUAGCUGGAAUUUUGGAUAUAGACACACUGGAGAAGGUGUCUAUCACAGAGGCAAUGCACAGAAACCUGGUAGACAAUAUUACAGGCCAAAGAUUGUUGGAGGCCCAAGCCUGCACAGGAGGAAUAAUUGACCCCACAAGUGGCGAGAGACUCUCAGUUGCUGAUGCCACAGAAAAAGGCCUUGUAGACAAAGUCAUGGUCGAUCGUCUCAACUUGGCUCAAAAAGCAUUCAACGGAUUUGAAGAUCCCAGAACUAAAGUAAAGAUGUCUGCAUCUCAGGCCCUCAAGAAGGGCUGGUUGUAUUAUGAGGCUGGCCAGCGUUUCCUUGAAGUGCAAUAUCUGACUGGUGGUCUUAUAGAGCCUGAAGUUGAGGGCAGAGUGCCACUAGACGAAUCCAUCAGGAAGGGAACCAUUGAUGCCCGCACUGCCCAGAAACUGAGAGAUGUCAGUGCUUAUUCUAAAUAUUUAACAUGUCCAAAAACCAAACUGAAAAUCUCCUUCAAAGAUGCCAUGGAUAGAAGCAUGAUUGAGGAAGGAUCUAGCCUAAGACUCCUGGAGGCCUCUUCACAGUCCAGCAAAGGCCUCUACAGUCCCUACAAUGUCAGUGGCUCUGGCUCUGCAUAUGGUUCUCGGACUGGCUCAAGAACAGGCUCAAGAACCGGAUCCCGAUCAGGCUCCAGGAGAGGCAGCAUUGAUGCUGGCUCUGGCUUCAGCAUGAACUUCUCAUCCUCCUCCUUCACAUCCUCUUCUAGCUACAGCCGCAGAUUCUAAUCAGCUAGUUCUCUCCCUAAUAACUUGUGACUUAGUAUCAGCAAUACUAAUGCACUUCAUAGCUGCAUUUCUAACAUGACAAAAAAUAGUUUCAGUAACACAGAAGAUAUAAUUUAUUUAUUCAUUCAUGCAUGCGGUCACAAGAAUUUCCUAGGCGUUUUUUUUUCCAUAUCCGACAUCUGUCUAAACAUGUGCCUCACAUAUCAAGACAUAAAGAAUAAUUGCUAUAAAUAUAUAAUUUGCCUUAAGUACUGAUUUCCAAGUCAGUAUAUAUUUUUAAAAGCAUGACAUAUCUGUUUUUUAAGUGACUUUAUGGUUUUAACUUCACACCUGUCGAAAGGAUGUGUACUUUCUGAAACUAAUAUAUACUGUAUGUAUGACAAACAAAUAUUUUUCCAAUUUUUUUUUUUUGAAAUUCAAGAAUGUUUGUCUAUUUUGUAUCUUUUUCGACAGUACUAGUAACGAGAUAAUGAAUUUCAUCAUAGUAAUAAUGUUUCUAACUAAAGUAUAUAGAUGCCUUCAACUUUUCUGAAUGUUUGUAUAGAGUAUGGGAAAAAAUAUGUUUUUAUGUUUUAUGUACCUGGGUAGCUGUCGACUGUGCCCAGUAAAUUACUAAACAGAAUACACUACAGUAGACACUAAAAAAUGACACUACAAAAAUAUAACAUUCAAAAGAAGUGCCAGAGUUUAAAAAUGAUGUAAGCUUUCUAAUCUGUCAUUACUAGUGCUAAUAUCCAUUUAUAUUCAGUAGGCUUUUGCAUCCUUUGAGUUAAAUGCACCGUUAUUUUACACACUCCAAAUGUUGGAGUACUCAUACUUACCAUCAACCAAGUGUUCCGGUAAAUCCCAAGAUGAUGUCAGACUCGAUCCUGGCCUCCCUCACAGACCUGCCUUCUGUUAUUUUGAUUCUUCUGCCUUGGUCUCUCCCAGUCCUACCCCUUAAGAGAGACACUCAUUGGUCCGGAGCAUACGAUCCCUUCCCCUUGGAUGGAUUUGUGAGUCCGUGUCAACCUCACGGAGUACAGAUCUGCCAUUGAGUAUGUCCUUUCUUCCAUUGUACAUCACACUUGGAGAAAGCUGAGGCUGAGUCAACACCAUCUUGGGAUGCCUUUCUAGGAACACUUUUCAUUCAUUUUCAUGUAUUUAUUACUUGAACGCUAUUUAUGUUUUCAUGUCCUGGUGUUUUAUUUUCUUUCUGUCUUUCUUUCUUUCUUUUUUUUUUUUUUUUAGAGAACACUCCAGAGAAUACACAGUUAUUUGUGCACUUGUCAUUUUAAAUGGGAUUAUCUAUAACACAUCUUCAUUUAGAGUCCACAGAGCAGGUUUUGUGAUGUUUGUGACUUUAGAUUCAGUUCAACCAUAAGUGCCUAUGAGACAAAAUUUGGAGAAUGGACAUAUUUGAUGCGGCAUCACUUAGCAUGAAUGUAUGUAUUACAUAAGAUUAAGUAGUCUAAGUUGACAUUUUCCCACAGAUUUCCUUUGCAAACUUAAAAAAAACAGCUUUAAGCUUGAAUUUGCUUUGUUUUUUCCACAUCAAGUAUUUCUGUUAUCCAUCUUUCUGUAAAUCUUUUACACGUUUUCAUAUUUCUUUUUGAUAUUAUGAAUUUGCCUUGCAUGUUUUACUAACUUUACAAAGAUAUUGGGUGGAAAUGUCAAUGUAAAAUAAAAGCAAGUUGAGAUGUUAAGUUCCCUGAUUUUAGUUUUGGCAACAUAUAAAGAUACAAACUAACUGGUUGGUUUUGCUUAUGGGGUAGAGGUUGCUUUGACACAGUGAGAUUUUUGUUGUAUGUGAACAUAACACUAUGUUGUAAAUAAAUAUUCUCUGAAGAAG